ACAGAGGCUGGCAGUAUGGAGAGAGCGGCGCCAUGGACGGAGCCGGAGGUGCGGGCACUGAUCGGGAUCUGGUCGGAGGAGAGUAUCAGGCGGCAGUUGCAGGGCACUCUGAGGAACAAGGGGCUCUUCAUGUACAUCGCCCUCCGCAUGAGGCAGCUGGGCAUCUACCGGGACUGGAAGCAGUGCCGCUCUAAGUACAAGAACCUGAAGUACGAGUACCGAGCCCUGCGGAGCAGCACCCGGGAGCCCGUCCACAAGAUCCCUUUCUAUGACGAGCUACACGCCAUACUGGGCACGGAGAGCGUCCCACAGGGGGGCACUGAGGCCGGGAUGAAGGAGGAGGAGCCCGGGCCGGAGACACACACAGAUCUGCAGAGUCCUGAAGGAGGUAACGGUGAUGUGCUACUUGUACCAGCUGUCCACAAUGAGGGAGGAAAGCAUUGGUCUGCUAGGGAGACACUAGCACUCAUCAACAUUUGGUCUGACAAGAGUAUAAGGGGGCAGCUGAAAGGAACUGUCAGGAAUCAGAAGAUUUUUGAGCACAUUGCAAGUCUUCUUCAGCAAGCAGGGAUAGACAGAGACUGGAGGCAGUGCCGAACUAAGUAUAAAAAUCUGAAACAUGAGUAUGCUGUGGUGAAGAAGGCUCAUGAUUCUGGGAAUCGAUGGAAGACAAUGAAAUAUUUUAAAGAACUGGAUGCUAUUUUAUCAGGCAAACCAUCCGGGUACAGAAAGAUUAACAAUGACAAACCAUCAUCACUGCCAUACCCGAGACCUGUCCCUGCUGCUGUUGCUGCUGACUGUCUGCCAGGUCACAUCUCUGAAAUUCCAGAAGAAAACCCCAUGGAUCAUAAUACUCCCAGCAUAAAGCAGGAGCUUAAUUCCAUUGGCCAAUAUCAUGAAAUAGAGGAACAUGCUUUGCCUACUAGAGGAAAUGCUGUAGAGACCCACAUUAAAGAAGAAUCUGCAUCUUUAGAUGACACCCCAGAUGAUCCUGACAAUGACUUCAAAAUAGUGACUCCAAAUGACACAGGAGGGGGCAGGAACUGGAGCGAUUAUGAAGUCCAAUCUCUGCUGCACAUCUGGUCAGAUGAGAUGAUAUCCCGUCGGCUGGAUGGCACCUUCAGGAACAAACAGGUCUUUGAAGAGAUCUCACUCAGACUGAUGGAGUUUGGGAUCAACAGAGACUGGAAGCAGUGCAGAAGAAAGUACAAGAACCUAAAAUAUGAAUAUCAUUGCAUUCAAAAAGACGAAAACAAUGAAAACCAACGUACAAUGAGGCAAACAGUAAAAUUCUUCAAUCAGAUUGAUCACAUAUUGCGACAUUUUCCAAAAGUUACAGCACAGGUUGCUGAAAAUGAACCAUGUGGUAGUGUCCCAAACCAAGCAAUCUGUCUAGAGGAGUCCAGAUCAUUUAGUGGAGCACAGAACCUCUCAGAAGAAGAAUGUUUAGCGACGCUCAGUAAUCAAGCAUUAUCUGCACUAAAGCGAAAAACCUCCCCCAAUGAACUUCAUUGUCCAGAUCAAAAGAAGCAUGCAUGGAUCCACACGCCAACAAAACAGUCAUAUCAGGACUCGUGUGAAAUACCUUCAGCAGUAAAACUGAUCAGCCGUCCUCAGAGUCAUGACAGUCCUUGGGAGCCUCGGCCACCAGGCGGUGUAUUAGGACAGCCAGGUGUAAAUGACCAGGGAGAAGCGUGCAUCAGGCUGAGGAUGGAAGCCGUCUCAGAACUAAGACUUGGCAAGAAGAUCUGUGAGGGCAAAACUAAAGAGGUGUAUGAGCUGCCCGAUCACCCAGGAUGUGUUCUCAUGCAGUCCAAGGAUCAGAUCACGGCAGGGAAUGCUGCCAGAAAGGACCACAUGGAGGGCAAAGCCUCCAUCUCUAACAAGACCACCAGCUGUAUCUUCAAACUGCUUCAAGAGGCCGGUAUCAAGACUGCAUUUGUCAAGAAGUGUAGUGAGACAGGAUUCAUUGCCACCCAUUGUGAGAUGAUUCCUAUUGAGUGGGUAUGCAGGAGAAUAGCCACUGGCUCCUUCCUCAAGAGAAAUCCUGGAGUCAAAGAAGGAUACAAGUUUUAUCCCCCCAAAGUAGAGAUGUUCUUCAAGGAUGAUGCCAAUAAUGACCCACAGUGGUCUGAAGAACAGCUAAUUGCUGCAAGGCUUUCUGGUGCUGGCCUUGUGAUUGGUCAGGCGGAGGUGGACAUCAUGAAGCAUUCCACAGUGGCCAUCUUUGAGAUUCUGGAGAAGGCAUGGUCUACACAGGAUUGUACCCUGGUGGACAUGAAGAUUGAAUUUGGUGUUGAUGUGACCAAAAAAGAGCUUGUUCUUGCUGACGUGAUUGACAAUGACUCGUGGCGUCUGUGGCCUUCAGGAGAUAAGAGCCAACAGAAGGAUAAACAGACCUACCGGGAUCUAAAAGAAAUCACCCCAGAAACAAUGCAGAUGGUGAAACGCAACUUUGAGUGGGUUGCUGACAAGGUGGAGCUCUUACUGACCAGCAUGAGUCAAGGAAGGGUGGUUGUGCUGAUGGGUUCCAUUUCUGACUUGUCGCAUUGUGAGAAAAUCAAGAAAUCCUGUGCAAACUAUGGCAUUCCAUGUGACCUCAGGGUGACUUCUGCCCACAAGGGUCCUGAUGAAACUUUGAGAAUCAAGGCUGAAUAUGAAGGAGAUGGCAUUCCCACGGUGUUUGUUGCAGUUGCUGGCAGAAGCAAUGGCUUGGGUCCUGUUCUUUCUGGAAAUACUGCAUAUCCAGUAAUUAACUGCCCCCCUCUUACGGCUGACUGGGGGGCUCAAGAUAUCUGGUCUUCCCUGAGGAUGCCCAGUGGUCUCGGAUGUUCUACAGUUCUGUCCCCUGAGGCAGCAGCUCAGUUUGCUGCUCAGAUAUUUGGCUUGAACAAUCAUUUGAUAUGGUCCAAGCUACGCUCCUGCACUCUGAAUACCUGGAUUUCUCUUAAACAAGCAGAUGUGAAGCUGAGAGAGUGCAGCAUGUGACACCCCCCUCUCCCUUUCCUAAGGCACUGUUCUGUCUUGCUUAAUUAAAGCACUUGGUUUUUCUA